AUGCUUCUUGUACACUUUGGGACGAUAUUUAUGUUAUUCUGCUUCCGUUGCUUCGCCUCCGUAGAGGCCCAACAACCCCCAGGCAAAGCCGGUUUAGCUUGGCCCAACGGAAACAGUGUUGAUAUACGACAAUACAGAACGACUGGGAAGGUUUCAUGGUACUAUUCAUGGUCGUCGCAUCCGGCCAAUACCGAUCUUGAAUUUGUGCCGAUGUUAUGGGGGCCUGCACACAUCGAUGAAUUCAAUCGAAUGAUAGUUCGUUCAAAUGGUCGACCAUCGUUCUCCACCGUCCUAGGCAUGAACGAACCUCAGCAAACGGGGCAAUCAAAUAUUUCUCCUGAAGACGGGGCUCAAUUAUGGAAAACCUACCUGCAGCCUUUGAAGGAUCGGGGUAUACGUCUCGGUAGUCCAGCGCCCUCAAGCGCACCAUCCGGCAAGACCUGGCUACAAUCCUUUCUUGGGGUGUGUGGAGCGGAUUGCACAGUUGAUAUUAUUGCUUUGCACUGGUAUGGAACUAACGCCACGCAGUUCAUCAACUAUGUAGUCGACUUCCACGACACCUUUCAGCGCCCUAUAUGGGUGACUGAAUGGGCUUGUCAGAACUUCGCUGAUCUCAGCAAGCAAUGCUCGUACGAUGAGGUUGUGCAAUUCCUAAAAACCACUCAGGGUUUCAUGGACGACGUGGAUUUCGUCGAGCGUUAUGCUUGGUUCGGAGCUAUGAAAGAGAUGCAAGACGUCAACGAGGCAAACAGUCUAAUGACGAAGGAGGGGAGGAUCAACGAGCUGGGAGCACAAUAUAUUGGAUCAGAUAGCGCUGAGGUAGCUGGAAAUUCAGGCGAAAGAUCUAUAUGGACAAACACACUCUCAACGACCAUUUUCGUCUUCAUCAUCUUCGGGCUCCUGUCAUUUGAGUAG